AUGCCAAGAGUCUUGAUAAUCGGUGCCACCGGAUAUGUGGGCAGACGAAUCGCUACACUACUUGUCCAAAGUGGUCAGCAUUCUGUUUACGGCAUAGCAAGGACUCAAAGAAAGGCCUCGUUACUUCAAACGGAAGAAAUUAUGCCGAUUAUAUGCCCCGAUCCUGUUGACAACCCUGGGCCCUAUCUUGUAACGAUUCGUUCGAGCUCUAUAGACAUUGUUAUUGAUGUGUCGGAAGCAGGUCAGGGAUCACAUACUUUCUUACGUGACGUGAAGCGUCUAGGCGAGGAACGCAUUGAGUCAUAUCGUGCAAAAGGGAUUGUCAACGCACCGAAGUUGGGUUACAUCUACUGUUCUGGGACUUGGGUUCAUGGAUCUUCCGAUAGACCAGUGACAGACCUGAAUCUAGUAGGUCCGGAAUCGCAAACACCCCCAGAAGAGCUCUCUGCUUGGCGAGUUGCGCUUGAGAAGGAAAUACUUUCCUCUAGUGACAUACUAGAUGUCAUGAUCAUUAGACCCGCCUUGAUAUAUGGGCGGGAGUCGACAAUCUGGACGCCAUAUUUUAUGCCUGUCCUUGAAGCGACAAGAAACAAAACUGCAGGAUUCAUUGGAAUUUCUCUUGUGGAAGAUUCUCGACCGGGCUUGAUCCACGUCGAUGAUGUUGCUACGGCAUUUCAGAAAGCUGUCGAGAAAUUGCCAUUGAUAGCCGGAGCGAGAAUAUACCCAGUGUUUGAUCUUGUCACAAGCCAAGAAAGUAUGCGUGAUAUUUUCGAUGCCGUGGCUCUGCAUUGGGGGUUCAAUGGAACUAUUCAAUUGAUUGGUCAUGGGGGAGAUUUAUUCUCAAAAGCUAUGAGUGCUACUUUCAAUGGUUCCUCAGCGAGGGCAGAAUUGUUGCUUGAAUGGCGACCAAGACGACUCGGUGGUUUCGUAAAGGAUAUGGGCAUCUAUGCUAUGGCACUCUCGGCUAAUUUAUAG